AUGGCUCAAGAAGAAGUCCUCCAUGCCUAUCGCCACCUGUACCGGGCCGCACUGAGAGCUGUAUGCUAUUCUCAGCCGGCCAGCUCCGUGGCACGAGACCAGCUGCGCCGAGCAUUUCGUGACAAGACCAACACCUUCAACAGGAACACCAUCCGCCGCACUGUUUGGUUUCUCAACAACGCGGCCAGGGAGAGGGGCACCGAACACAAGAUUGUCAAAAACCUUCUCUUUACCAAGUUCUGGAAAGAAAGGGGCAACUAUCGCACCUGGAGGCACCUUGUGGACUCGAACCAGAUCAGAAAAAAGGAGGACCCGGUCAAAGCCACAGCAUAUGCCCAUUAUGAGCGCACCAUUUCCAUGCUGAACAGAACGAUGGGGCUUUGUUUACCUCUCAGCUGA